AUGGACACGUCGUCAACCCUCGCGACGAGCGCCACCCCGACAAUUCCCGCCGAACAGCUUGCCGCACUUACAUCGCUGCUGUCGGGACUCACCGCUGCCGCUUCCGGCACUACCGCACCCGCCACGACAUCCGGCUCCAAUCGCAAUGCCUUCCCGAAGCAUGCGCGGUUGGACGGGCCGAAGACGUUCGCGAACUGGACACGCCAGCUUCGCCUGUGCCUAGCGGACGACAUCCGCUCCUACGUCCUCGACGGAAUCACCCCCGACGAUUGGACGCCUUCGCAACGCUCCGCCCGCGACGUCGUGGCACGCGAGAUCCUUGCAAACUCAAUCGACUCGGCCGAAGUCUCGGCAGUCCUCGACAAGAUCCCUACGGCCGACCUCACAGCGCCCAAGAUUUACUCGACGCUGAAAUCGCGAUACGCCCCUGAUGACGCCACUCGCACGCUCGAGCUCUUCUCGCGACUCUGGGGCUUCCGACCCAUGCCCGGAACGGUUGGCGAAUUUGACAGUUGGAUCAUGGACUUCAAGUCGGUCGCGCAAGAGAUCAUCGAUACGAAAACGACGAUCAACGACGUCCUUGCCACACUCCUCCUCGCGAUCGCCCACCCGUCACUCGAGAGCUUCAAGGCAACGUUCACCGACGAACAACGCACGCAACGAACUCUCCCUGACAUCGAUUCAGUGGCCGACCGUAUGCGAGUUCAACUCCGGUCAACGAACCUCUCCAACGAUCAAUCGGCCCUCCUUGCCUCGUCGUCGCCACGUUCUACCCGUACCAAGUGCCUCGCCUGUCGCAGCUCUUCUCACCGCGUCGCACAAUGCCCUACAAGGGCCCAGCAUCCACCGCCAGGCCCGUGUCGCUCCUGCAAGAAGAAGGACCACUGGUCUUUCGACUGCAAAAAGGCUCUUGAGGACGGGAAAACGCCCGACACCUCUGAUGCGCAACACCAUGUCGGAUGUCUCGCCACCGGUCUUCUCGCACAUCGUCGUCAGCUUCGCAACAACUCCUUCGUCGUCGACUCGGGUGCCACUUCGCACAUGGUCUCGGACAAGUCGCUGUUCACGGCCUAUCGCCACAUCGCUCCUACGAAGAUUGGUGGUAUUGCAGGGGGCAUCAACGCCGUCGGAACGGGAAACAUCGCCUUUGUUGCCGCCUCCGGUCACCCGAUCACGCUUACCGGCGUGCUGCACACCCCGGGCCUGUCUGUCAACCUCCUCUCGGUCUCUCGACUUUGCGACACCGACGAUGUCCGUGUCGCCUUCACGAAGCACGGCAUCCAUAUCGACAAGAACGGCAAUGCUAUCGCUGAAGGCGCAAGACUCGAGGAAGGGCUCUACUUGCUGGACGCUGAUCAUUCCAAAUGUCAGCAUCUCGCUCUCCUCUCUCGCUCACAGUCUUCCGUGCCCCUGCUGACCCUUCACCGCUGCCUCGGCCAUCUCGCACCGUCGUCCAUACAGAAGAUGGUUGCCGCUGGUUUGCUGGAAGGUCUCGGGGCCGGAUAUAGUGACGAAGAGGUAGAGAAGUUUGUCUGCAAUGCUUGCCUCAGUGCAAAGGGCCAUCGUCUUCCUUUUCCCGAUUCGGACUCGCACUCCUCAGAGAGACUCGGCCUCGUACACAGCGAUGUGCUUUCCUUUCCCGAGUCGUCCUUGACUGGCAAGCGUUACCUGGUCACGUUUCUUGACGACUUCUCGCGCAAACUGUGGGCAUACGCGAUCGGACACAAAAGCGAAGUCUUUGGCGUGUUCAAGACAUGGCUUGCCGAGGUCGAACUCGAGACGGGUGCAAAACUGAAGGUCCUCCGAACCGACAAUGGUGGCGAAUACUGUUCGAGAGCGUUCACGGAAUUCUGUAAGGCACGCGGCACACGUCGACAAUACUCUAUCCCUCGAACGCCUCAACAGAACGGUCGUGCCGAACGAGUCAAUCGUUCUAUCGUCGAAGGUGUCCUUGCCCUCCUUGCAGACGCCCACUUACCCAAAUCAUUCUGGGAGGAGGCAGCAGCUUAUUUCGUCUACUGCAAGAACCUGUGCGAACACUCGGCCCUGGACAAGGCAACACCGAACUUCGCCUGGCAGGGCGACCGCACCAACGCCUCGGCGCUUCACCCGUUCGGCUGCACGGCUUGGCUCACAGUCGCGCCUGAACUUCGCUCGAAACUCGACCCGAAAGCGGUUCGCGUUCUCUUCACCGGCUAUGACCUGGCUUCUAAAGCCUUCCGUUUCUACGACACGACGACCAAGAAGAUCAGUUUGGGCAGAAAUGCCAGGUUCCUCGACAACGAAUUUCCCGGGUUACGUAGCGACUCCACCGAGCAAGACGCCGACACGCACUUCGCCAGCGCUUGCCCGACCACCGAAUCCCAAGCCGUUGUCAAGACAUGGACCCCACUAGUAAGGUCGGCGCACAUGGACGUCUCAUCCUCUCUUGAUGACUCUGCCAUGAGCGCCGUUGACGUGGCCCCAGGGUACACUGGCGGAACCUUACUUAAUUCCACAGAUGCCGAAUCGUCCUCGUCACCGUCUCCUGAGCCGUCCUCGUCACCGUCGCCCGCAACCCCCUUGUCACCGUCGCCUGCGCUGUCACCGUCGUUGGCUGCGUCAUCGUCACCCUCGGCCUUACCGACCGACUCUGACUACUCCGCCGACCCUCUGGACCUCAUCGGCUCACAGACCCCGACUCGCCUCGGCCCACCGGACGUGCACCGCCCAGACUUCAGCACGUACCGUGAGCCCGCAUCGGCUGAGGAGUCGCCCGACGAACUCGACAUCAUUGGGCGCCACUCGCGCGAUGAAUCGCCGGACGAAAUCGAUUUCCUCACCCAACACCACCGCGCCUUCAUCGCCACCGACGACGACAACUCUGACACAGAAGCCAUUCAACCAGUCAAGUCCAUCACCAGCGACCCACAGACAUGGCGCGAGGCAAUGUCGAGUGACAAGCGCGAAGUGUGGGCCAAGGCCGCUACCGACGAGUUCAAUUCCAUGCGCGACGACUUCAAGGUCUUCACCAUCGAGGACCGAUCCACGGUACCAGCGGGUGCGACCAUCGUCACAUCCAAGUUCGUCUGGAAAACGAAACGGAAUGCACUCGGCGAAGUCACCGGCCACAAGGCACGGCUCGUGGCGCAGGGAAAUCGGCAACGCGACGGCAUCGACUUCAACGAAACCUUCGCACCAGUCGCACGCUUCUCCUCGAUACGCUCACUCCUCGCGCUGGCGGCCGCCAACGGCUUGCACGUGCACCAGGCGGACAUCGACAAAGCCUAUCUGCAUGGCGACCUUGACCAUGACAUCUGGAUGACGACACCGCGCGGCUUCGACCUUCCCACCGACAAGGUGCUUCGUCUGCGACGCUCCAUCUACGGACUCAAACAGGCUGGCCGAAUCUGGAAUCGACACAUCGACGCAUCGCUUCGAGAUCUCGGCUAUACGGCGACGGGCACCGACCACUGCGUGUACUCUCGGAUCGACGAUCGGCGACGCCCACACUACAUCGCGCUGUACGUCGACGACCUCCUGAUGAUCAGCCCCGACUUGGCCGAAAUUGAACGUGUCAUCUCGGGCCUCGAACAACGCUACGGCGUCAAGCGCCUCGGCCCGGCAGAGUACAUCCUCGGCAUCCAGAUCAGGCGACUCGAAGACGGUUCUAUUGCCCUGUCCCAGGAACGGUACAUCAUGGACGUGCUUGCUCGGUUCCACUUCGACACCACGACUCGCGGCACUACAGUCCCGAUGACCCCCGGCCUUUCGCUCACCGCCAUCCCGGGUCAAGGCACCGAACGGAUCAGGUCAUGGUAUCUGCAGGCUAUCGGCUCGCUCCUCUACAUUUCGCUCGGCACCCGCCCCGACAUCGCCUUCGCCGUGUCCUACCUGGCCCGCUUCGCCAACAACCCUGAACGUCGUCACUGGAUCGCGGUCAAGCACAUCCUCCGCUAUCUCCGGGCCACAUAUCGCGACGAACUGGUUUAUGCUUGCGGCGAGACACGCAUCACGGGCGUGGUUGGCUACUCCGACGCGAACUGGGGGGCCUGCGUCGAUACGUCGGUGUCCACUAUGGGCUACGUCUUCUACAUUGCCGGAUCCGCCGUGUCUUGGUCGUCCAAGCGUCAAUCUCGAGUUGCCGAUUCUACCACCGACGCUGAAUACCUCGCCCUCUCGCAUGCUGGCAAGGAAGGGAUCUACCUCAGUCAGCUGCUCGAGGAGCUCCAUGUCCAACCUGUUGCACCGGCUCACAUUUUUACUGACAAUGAAGCCGCUGCCGCAGUUGCCCACGACCCUGUCCGCGUCUCCGGCACUCGACACAUACGCUUGCGCGAGCACUUUGUUCGGGACAUGGUGAAUCGGGGCGAUAUCUCACUCUCGCAUGUGGGAACCAGCAACAUGGUGGCCGACAUCUUCACAAAGGCUCUUGGCCCAAAGAUUUUCUCGACACACUGCUACGCACUAGGCCUUCGCACUCGACACCCACGGCUUGGAUCUGCCUCGCAUUCGCGUGGGGGGGGUGUGAAGAGUCCACUCUCAGCUCGACAGGGGCGCCUCGGUCGUUGCGCGCGCCUGCUAGCCUGGCCCCUGUGGUGGGGACUUAGGCGCGCGCGAGUGCCUCAGCGCGCCGGCGAUUUCGCCCGCGCCUGGGCAUAUCCCAGCGCGGGCCCCCUUUCCAUUUCUUAG